AUGGCUAUGCUAUGUGUGCGUGCCGCUACCAUAUGUAACAACAGCUACCCCAGAUGCCAAGCAGUCAAGAUCAGUGCAACCUCUAGAAGGGCGUUGACUACAUGUCUAAGCUUUGAUGUCAUUGAAAACAAGCGUGUUACUGAACUUCCGGAUAGUACACGACCGAGAUUGGAGCUGAACGUGACCGCAAAGUCAUCCAGUCUAGCUGUUCCAAGUCUGCAAGACUUGAAUGCAAACGAAGAGAGAGAUGCAGACUCAUACUCUCUUAACUCGUUUCUUCCGCCGGAAAUGAAAUUCAAGCCAGAGAGCGUCAUUAUAGUGGACUCGGGAAUAUUUAAGUCAGACGCAAUGGCAAGCAACACCCAAGUUGAGCUGUCAAACGGGGCUGAUAUCGUCUUAAUCAUCGCAUUCAUGUUAGCUGAAGCGCAAAUUGUAUUCAACGGAAAGGCGCAAGUGAGUUUUUAUUGA